AUGAACAACUGGUCAAUCUUGGUGCAGGAGGCGGGGUUUGACUCCAUCAAGCAGUGUGGUCCCUUUGCAGUCCAGGUGGGGGCGCUAAUUGUGUCAGUGAGCUUCUCCAACCCCAGUAAAGCAGAGAAGCAGGAGCUCCGCUCUGGUCAGCAGUCCACGCCUCCGCGCUGCUACAGUGUUGUUGGAGGAGACGAACAGGAGCUGCUCUCAUCGAGAGAUGAACAUUGUCCCCUUGCAAGUCUUCUCCUGCGCCUGACGUUCUACACACUUUACAUUGCAUCAGAAGAUUUCCAACAACACUUCCGAAAACAAGUCAGGCUGUUGAAAUCAGGAGAAGUCCACUGUGAAAAUAUGGCAUCCAGAACAGCCUCUAGUACAAAGAAAACAUCCUCUGGUACUCUGCACACCAGAACAUUUUGCAGAGAAACACAAAAACAUAAAAGCAAGGAGAAAAGUCACCACUGCUCAGAGUGUGGAAAGAGUUUUACUGAACUGCGUGGUCUCAAAACACACCAGCGCAUUCACACAGGAGAGCUUUAUAGUUGCUCAGUGUGUGGAAAGAAAUUUAAUCGACUUGGCCAUCUCCAAAGACACCAGCGCAUUCACACAGGAGAGAAACCGCAUCACUGCUCUGAGUGUGGGAAGAGUUUUACUCUACAGAGUCAUCUCCAAACACACCAGCGCAUUCACACAGGAGAGAAACUUUAUAGUUGCUCAGAGUGUGGAAAGAGUUUUAAUCAACAAGUUUAUCUCAAAAUUCAUCAACGUAUUCACACAGGAGAGAAACCAUAUCACUGCUCUGAGUGUGAAAAGAGUUUUACUCAGCCGUCUUCUCUCCAAAUACACCGACGUAUUCAUACAGGAGAGAAACCAUAUCACUGCUCUGAGUGUGGAAAGAGUUUUACUCAGUCGUCUUCUCUCCAAAUACACCGACGUAUUCAUACAGGAGAGAAACCGUAUUACUGCUCAAACUGUGGGAAGACUUUUAUUCGGUUAGAUCAUCUCCAAACACACGAACGCAUUCACACAGGAGAGAGACCGUAUCACUGCUUCAAGUGUGAGAAGAAUUUUACUUCAGGGAGUCAUCUUCGAAGACACCAACGCAUUCACACAGGAGAGAAACCAUACGAAUGCUCAGACUGUGGAAAGAUGUUUACUGUACAGCGUUACCUUCAAUCACACAAGCGCAUUCACACCGGAGAGAAACCGUAUUACUGCUCAGAGUGUGGAAAGAGGUUUAUGCACCAGAGUUAUCUCCAAGUACACUGGCGCAUUCACACUGGAGAGAAACCGUACCACUGCCUAGACUGUGGGAAGAGUUUUACUCAGCAGAGUAUUCUUAAAGAGCAUCAGCGCAUUCACACUGGAGAGAAACCGUAUGAGUGCUCAAUAUGCAAGAAGAGUUUUACUCAGCGGAGUCAUCUCAAAGCGCACCAGCGCAUCCACACAGGGGAGAAACCUUAUCAGUGCUUAGUGUGCGGGAAGAGUUUUUCUCGACAGAGUCAUCUCCAAAGACAUCAGCACAUUCACACAGGAAAGGAACGUUAUCCCUACUCAGAGUGUGAGAAACGUUUUAAUCUCCAGAGUCACAUUCACACAGGAAAGAAACUGGAUUACUGCACAGAAUGUGGAAAGACGUUUAGUCAACAGCGUUAUCUGAAAAUACAUCAGCGCAUUCACACGGGAGAGAAGCCGUAUCAGUGCCCAGAGUGUGGGAAGAGCUUUAUUCGACAAGGUGCCCUACGACAACACCAGCGCAUUCACACGGGAGAGAAACCGUAUCAGUGUCUAGUAUGCGCAAAGAGUUUUACUGUACAGAAUCAUCUCCGAAGACACCAGAACAUUCACACAGGAGAGAAACCGUAUCACUGCUUGGAGUGUGGAAAGGGUUUUACUUUACAGUGUCAUCUCAAAGAACACCAGCGCAUUCACUCAGGAGAGAAACCACAUCAGUGCUUCGUAUGUGGGAAGAGCUUUAAGAGACAGAGUAAUCUCCAGGUACACCAGCUUGUUCACACAGGAGAGAAACCGUAUCACUGCUCAGUGUGUGGGAAGAGUUUUGCUCUGCACAACAGUGUCAAAGUACACCAGCGCAUCCACACAGGAGAGAAGCCAUAUUACUGCUCAGAGUGCAGGAAGAGCUUCAGACAUUUGAGGUCAUUAAAGAUUCAUAGGUGCCCUACGAGAGAGGUGACAGUUCAAGAAACAUGAUUUCAUAAGCAGUUUUAGGUUUGAAUCAAUGAUGUGGCCUGUAUUUAUGUGAUUAAUUAGCUUCUAAUUUAGAUAUUUUAGUGUUGUGUAAAAAAGGCCCUGGUGGUCUUCCUUUUGAAUUAUUUGUAUAUCUAUAUUGCUAAUUAUUAGGUAUGUAUUAUGUACAAAAUCAGCCAUCUGUUUGAAGGUAAACACUUGUGCAGAUCUGUUUAAUGCCCAACUGUUUGUAUAGACAUAAAAGUAGUGACCUGUUCAGUUACAAUCAUAAAGCCAGGCUUGCAGACAGGGCCUCAGCAACGACUUCCUGUAUUUUGAGGUAUUUAAUAAUUGGGCUGAUUUUUGAGGCUGAUCUGCUUCUCCUGGCAAUUGCAUCUGUGAUGGACUGGCGACCUGUCCAGGGUGUAUCCUGCCUUCCGCAGAUGACAGCUGGGAUAGGCUCCAGCUCCCCCUGCGACCCAGAAGGAGAUGUGUGUGUUUGCAAUUACCAGGAGAGGCAAAUCAGCCUCAAAAAUCA